AUGUCGUUUCGUGAGCACUUGGAAAGGAACGUUGCGGAUGCCCAGCAAACGCACGAGGCUCACACGCAGCGGGUCAUGAAUGCUUGGUUGACCAAGAUCAAGGAACAACUCAUGAGGCAUUGUGAAGCUGUCUCCCGUCGUCGGAGGACGUCCUUCAAAAUGGGGGUGCCUCGUCCCCUGCACCUCUCGCGUUUGGGGGUUGGCGAAGAUGUCUUGCGGCAGCAGCUGCGGGAAAUGCUGAACGAGCUGGGCUUUCAUGAUGGAAGUGUCAGUGCUUUUGACAGGAUUUACUGGAAAUCGCGAGGCGACCUUUGGCGAGAUAUUCAAUGUGCACAGGUCAUGGCAAUAUGGUCUGGCGAUGAUGCCCCCAUGGCCUUUGGUCAGCAGUUGGCCAGAAACGUGAAUGACUACGGAGCUGAAACACAAAGGAUGAUCUUAUCAGAAGUUUCAUUCAUCAAAGAAGAAUUUAUGGAACUCUGUAAGCUUCGGUCCAUGCAUGGGCUGUCGGCUUGUAUUCACCGUUUUGCGGUUUCUCAGUCUCUUGCACGUAGGAGUGACUUCAACCAUGACAUGAUGAAGGAUAAACUCGAAGAACACCUGGCAGACCUGGGUUUCAGCAGCUUGGAAGUCAGCCUCUUCAUUGACCAAUCCUUUUCAGGAACAACUCAACACUUUUUGGGAUUGUCGGCCAGAUGA